GGGAAACGAUCCAGGGCCUGAGAGCAAAUCUCACCAAUGCCAUAGAAACCCUGUGCGGUGUGGACUCCUCCGUGGCGGUGUCCUCUGGCGGGGAGCUCUUCCUCCGCUUCAUCAGCCUUACUUCCCUGGAGUACUCUGAUUACUCCAAAUGUAAAAAGAUUAUGAUUGAGCGGGGAGAGCUUUUUCUCAGGAGAAUAUCACUGUCAAGGAAUAAAAUUGCCGAUCUGUGCCAUACUUUCAUCAAAGAUGGAGCAAGAAUACUGACUCACGCCUACUCCAGAGUGGUCCUGAGAGUCCUGGAGGCAGCCGUGGCCGCCAAGAAACGUUUCAGUGUGUACAUUACAGAGUCUCAACCUGACCUGUCCGGUAAGAAAAUGGCCAAAGCCCUCUGCCACCUCAACGUCCCUGUCACUGUGGUGCUGGAUGCUGCUGUUGGCUACAUCAUGGAGAGAGCAGACCUCGUCAUUGUUGGUGCUGAAGGAGUCGUGGAAAACGGAGGCGUCAUUAACAAGAUUGGAACCAACCAGAUGGCUGUGUGUGCCAAAGCACAGAACAAACCCUUUUACGUGGUGGCAGAAAGUUUCAAGUUCGUACGGCUCUUCCCGCUAAACCAGCAAGACGUCCCGGAUAAAUUUAAGUACAAGGCAGAUACCCUGAAGUCUGUGCAGACCGGGCAGGACCUCAAAGAAGAACACCCGUGGGUGGACUACACCUCACCUUCUUUGAUCACCCUGCUGUUCACAGACCUGGGUGUGCUGACCCCCUCAGCAGUCAGCGAUGAACUCAUCAAGCUGUAUCUGUAACCACUGGGUCCUCUCCUGUCAGCAUCCUGGGCUCAUCCAGGGCAGGGUGAGCAGCCUCUUGACCCCCAGCCAGACACCAAAACUGAAUUUUGACUGAAGAUUUGUGGACUAAGGACUUAACUUUAGCCCUGGAGAAUCUUUUUUAUCUCAGUCCCAUCCAAAAUGUAUUUUUGGUUCUAAAAAACCAACCCUAAACAUAAUAUGAUUUUCAAAAUCCCGUUGGCUGUUUGCAGAAAUAUUUUUAUUGUUGGCUUUGUGCCUGACAACCAAGGCACCUCCCUCCUCUUCCCCCAGAGUCGAGGCUGAUAUGACAGGUACGUCAGUGAAAGUGAUGCAGGUGUUCCUGACCACAGCAGCCCCUCUGCAGUAAGUGACUCCUCACACACAGUGCCUUGUAAGUAAGGCAAACACUUGCUGACUGUGCAUCUGGCUCCAUUCCCCCUGCAGUGUCAGGUCACAGGGAGCAUCAAGUACUGAGAACACAAGCAGGCAGAAGUUGCACUGUGUCAGAUCCUGGAUGGCUCACCACUUACAGAGACACCUUCUGGAAUAUCUGUAAAUCCAAAUUCUGUAUCUGUGGGAGUUUUCUCUAAAUAUGUUUGGGUCCUAAACAGCUUUUUAAAAUUGAACUUAGAAACAAG